AUGGACUCAAUACGGAGCUGGUCUGGCACAGAUGUGCACAUGGACCUCAGAAGCGAAAACGAGGCUACCUCGGAGAAAGAGAUCGGCAAGGCCCUGGUGCGCGAAAACACGCGAAAUCUCGAUAACGAUGGCCAGUAUGCGGGCGAUGAUUACCUGGAUCCUCCGCCAGACGGUGGGUACGGCUGGGUCUGCUGUGUUUGCGUAGCAGUCAUGAACUUCGCGACCUGGGGCCCGAAUACAUGCUACGGUAUCUUCCUGUCCUUCUUCUUGUCCAGCAAUUACUUCCCAGGUGCAACGCCGACCGAUUAUGCACUCAUAGGCGGUCUUGUGAUAGGCCUUACUCUCAUCUUACUCCCUCUGAGCGCCUUUAGCCUUUCUUGUCUCGGAUAUCGCGCAACGCUUUCUAUCGCUAUUGUACUUGAGAGCGUGGCUUUCAUUGCCAGCUCUUUCGUCAAGACAAUUGGGGGUUUAUACGUCACGUAUGGUGUUCUCCUUGGCCUCUCCUUUGGCUUGAGUUUUGGUGCCAACACCAUCAUUAUACCAAGCUGGUUUUUGAGAAGGCGGGCGUUGGCCAACGCUGUCAGCCACAUUGGAGUUGGCUCGGGCGGCUGUGCAUUUUCUUUUGCCGUUAACGCCUUAAUAGCCAAGACGGGAAAUCACCAGUGGGCCAUGCGGAUGCUGGCCAUAGUCACUUUUGUUCUCAAUGCCAUUGCCAUGCUUUUCGUCAAGGAACGUCAGAGUGAGAUCAGCAGGCUUGAAAAACCAUCAAUGAAAGUAAUCGCCAAAGAGAUCUAUGAUCCGUCAAUUUUAAAGAUAAUGCCUCUUCAUUUUUGUACCUUAUGGGCUUCAUUCACGACCAUGGGUUAUGUCAUUCUACUGUUCUCGCUUUCAAACUACGCGAUCUCUUUAGGCAUGUCCCCACAUCAGGCAACAAUUGCACUAGCAAUAUUCAAUGCAUCUCAGACGUUUGGAAGGCCCUUCAUGGGCUGGAUAUCCGAGAAAAUUGGGCGCUCAAACGCCAGUAUUAUCUUAAUGUUGUAUGAUCUGGUCCUACUUCUACCUUUCUGGCUUAAUAUUCGGCAUUUCAGAGAAAUUAUUCCUUUCGCUGUUCUCUUGGGAUUUGGGGCAGGAAUUGGAGCAGUAAAUUCCGUUCCUCUGAUAGCAGACGUCGUAGGCAUCAAAAAGUUUCGCGCAGGGAUCGGUUACAACAACUUCUGGAAUGGGGCAUUUAGCAUAGUGGCCGAAAUAAUAGGGCUGCGAUUGAGACAAAAUGGCUCUCCAAGACCUUACCUUCACUGUCAAAUUUACGUGGUCAUGAUGUAUUUCGCAGGUAUUUUGUUUCUAAUACCUUAUAGGGAAUCAAAGGUCAGGCGGAUGAUGAAGGCCAAAUUGCUCAAUAAGAAGCUGGACGGAAGUCAAAGAGAAGCUUUUGAGAGACGUUUGAGCCCAACAAUAGGGGGCUACAUUAAGAGAUGUCUUUAUUCCAUCCAAUGCUGA